ACUCAUUCACAGUCUGUCAGGACGCACAGCCAUGCUUUUGAUACAGAGAAAUUCACUCAGUUUGCAGUGCUGUAUACUUUGUAUGACUUUGAGUUUGGUGCUCUUAAGGUAGGAGUUUUAUUGGCUGUUAAAAAGAUCGCUUACAGCUUUUUCCGAGGUUGUUAAACCUAAUUUCCAUUGGGGUUAAUUAAAAUAACUAUUUCACUGUAAACAUGCCGAUUACUGUUAAUUCUGAUCUCUGGUAGUGAGAAACUUGUGGGCUUUUGCUUCCAGAGACUGAAAACAUGUCUGUUGAUGUCCAUUUGUUUUGAUCUGAUUUCAUCUACCUGCCACAGUGAAGUCACAGCACUGAACAACGAAGAAAGGAUUGUCCGUGAAGCUCGGUCAGUGGGUGAUCAGGCUCAGGUGCAUCCCGUGGACUGUGUUUUAUCACAGUGGAGCGCAUGGUCACGCUGCGACACAUGUCAGAAAAAAAGAGUGAGUAUGAUAAAACCUGACAGAUAAUGGUGGGCUCUGUUGUUUUGCACCAUCAUGACACUUCUAUGUCAGUUACCUAUGAGAAAUGACAUGACUACUGUUAAACUCUCUACUGCAUUUGACGCGCUUUAAAAAGUUCAACAUGCAGAAGAAGACUACUUGUUUUUACUAGCUAUCAAGUUGACAAGCCUCAGACAAAAAGACAGGCAUACAAUCAUAUUCUGUUGUGCAAAUGGUUCACGCAACCCAUUUCGGUGGUGCUAGUGUUAAUUCUAGUGCCAGGGUGUGUCAUCUUACAGUGUCUAUACAUCACAGACUAACCAUGACCGACCAUUGUUUACAGCACUGGCUAGUGGUUAUAGAAGUCAACUGGUCUACUUGUGGUAAAGCCCAGUAGCGCACCUCUAUGGCACACAUGAACAUUCAAACAAAAAAAAACGCUGCAUAAGGAGUUGAGCACAGUUGACAUAAAAAGCAAAAAUACGGAUAGCAUGCAGGGCAAUAGUGAGAAGUUGCCGAUAAACAUGAGCUGAUUCAAGCACAAACUUUGUCAAAAGAAGUGUUAACAUGCUAGAUUUACCUUAAAUGUUUUUAGCUUAAAAAAAAAACUGUGGAACGUCAUGUGUCUUUAUUCAUCCAUAGGAAGCCUAAAGCUCCUGUGAUGAGUUUUUAGAUAAUUAAAAAAGAGAUUGAGAUUAAUGCCAAAGUUGAUUAGUGAUUAUUUAAAACAAAAAGGCCAUCCACAUGAAGAUGGUCUGUUUUUUUUUUUUUUUUGUUUGUUUGUUUGUUUGUUUUUUUUUAUGUCAAAAGGUGCUGGUGGUGGCAGGAAGGGUAGGUGUCAGUAUGAGUAAUUGACCACACACUUAAAAAAAAACCAAAAUUUUUCAUAAUUUUAUGGAAAAAAAUUUCAAUGGCUAAUACAUUUAAGUGUUUAAAUAAAGAUAAUUGGAUUUUGUGAUAAAAUAGCACUUGUACAGGGAAAGAAAACUGAAGAGAUAAGUUGUAGGCUACUUCUUUGUCCACAGGGGGCACCAGAAUCAACCUAAAUUGAAAGUUCCUCAUAUGAACUUUAACUACAAAAGCAGUCUUUCCAUCCAACUCAAGCACCAUAAAAUAUUUAAUCUGUUUUCCAAAAUUUUAACCAUUUUCAAUAACUAAAACUUUUUACUGUAACCCAGCAAACAAGCAAAUAUUUUGAAAUGUUAAAAAUGCUGUUUUUUAUGGAAUGACCAAAAUAUGUGGCCAAAAGUUCACAUUUCACCCAGUCAAAUUUUUCAGUGAAGUUCAUCCAAAUGAAAACAUGUGGAGUAAAUCAGAUUUCAGUAAACAAACACUUCAUGUGGAGACACUACUCAGAUGAUUUAAAUUCUGCAGUCGGAGACACUCCACAUUUUGAUCCUCGUGGGCUGUGUUUCUGGGAGGUAAAGAGUUCCUCUGCUGGCAAGGCUUUCAGCUGAUGUACUUCAGCGCUCCAUCUCAUCCACUUAACAAGGAGUGGGGAUUAAUAACCUUGACAUGACAAAGUGAAAACAGCCCUCUAAUGGGAUUACGGCUGUUAUAGUUCCCCGGGGCGGUUUCCCAGCUUUUCCACCACCUUUAUUGGGUAAUGGCAUGCCUUCCUCUGUGUUUCUCUGACCGUUUAUGUGUUUGCCUCGCUCCACUGUCCAGUAUCGCUUUGCCAAACUGGAGCAACCGUCUCAAUUUGGAGGACAGCCGUGCAAUUUUCAUGGCAGGCAGGAGGAGGCCUGUGACGUUCCAGCCCGCUACACCUGUGAUAGUGUACCUCCAUGUGAAGGAUUCCUCUGUGCUCAAACAGGUACCUACAUCCUUCAGAACACUGCUCUCUUCAUUAUAAAGAAGUAUAGCCCUAAAAUGUUGUGUUGUAGACCACACAGCAUGGCCCCUAGUACUCAAAUAAUAAAAAAUCCAAGUCACAAGAUGAAAAAUGUUAAGAAAUGGUGUUCAAGGUAAGUAAGUCAUUUUCAUUUCCUAGAGGAGAUUUCACAAGACUUUGCAUCUUAAGGAGUUUUUUUUCACGUGUGAAUAGUUUGACAUUUGGGGCAAACACACGUUUCUGCUUUUAGUGCACAGUUAUUCAGAAAGAUCAUCUCAAAUUCAUCCUGUCAUGUCAGGAGGCCAAAUUUAACACCUGACCAGCUGCUUAUUAGCCUAGCAUAGCAUACAGACUAAAAGCUGUCCGUAUGCUUUUAGGAUCUUGGAAAAACUGGACUGAGGCUGGGAAAAAGCUGACUUUUCUACCAAGGUUUAUAGUAAUAAAUAUUUUAUCCAAACCCACUAAUUUAAUCUUUUGACUGAGCCUAGCUGGCUUGCUAAUUGUUAGCUGUUUCCUGUUAAGCUUUAACUAUUUGUGGUAUCAAUAUUUAUGAGUAACUUUUAGUGAAAACAAAAGCUGUAUGUAUGUCGUGUGAUUGUAUUUCUGAUAUUGACCCUUACUUAACAAAGCAGACAUCUCUUCUCUCCUUCAGGUCGCUGUAUUCACAGAACUCUGCAGUGCAGUGGCGAGGAUGACUGCGGGGACAUGUCAGAUGAAGCCGGCUGUAAGAGGGUUGCCAAACCUUGCAGGCAAGAGACUGAGGAGUAUUGGGGAAUUGAAAAUCUUGCCAAAGGGUGAGUCAUCCUCCUGUUAUGCUGAAAUGUGGGUGAGAUAUUUUUAUAAACUUAUUCAUGUAAAGAUGUUGCUUCUUUCAAAUCAAUCUGUUCAGCCGUAGAUGCUGUUGCUCAUGUGCUUUUUUCUCAGGAUCAACAUCUUGAACAGUAACCUGGAGGGAGUGGUGCUCGAUAACAGAUACUACGCUGGCGGCUGCCAACCGCACUACAUUCAGGAUGUCAGAUUCAGGAAGCCGCACAACCUCCAGCAGUACACUCUAGAGGUAAAACUGACUGGCAUGUUCACUGAAUGAGUACUGACUCAGUUUUGGAGGUUUUUCAGAUCUACUUUUUAGUACAUGAUGGGGUCUGUAAGUUGCAGCUGAAUGAGUACUGACUCAGUUUUGGAGGUUUUUCAAAGAAAAAAGACCCCAGCCAGGUUUUUUUUUUUUUGCAACCUGUAAUUACCUUACACAGUUUACACUUCCUCACUUAAGCAGAAGUAAAGUAGUCAGAGUUGAAAUGCUCAUAAGUCAUUGAUAAAGUAAAGGUGCUAUUUCUCCCUGUGAGAUUUUAUUCUACCUCUUGAUAACCAUAAUUUUUCUUGUUUCUUUUCAUUUUGUCUUGUAUCUUUAAUAUCUGAUGCAGCAAAUUAAUGUGCCUCCAUAAUUAUACAUUUAAAAGGCAAUGUUGCUUUGUGUUUACAGACAAAAGGUUCAUAUGAUUUCACGCUGCAGUCCUUUGACUCCUACUCGGACUACAUGGCCUUCACUUCGACGGAGCGUACAACCCGUGUCUCUGUGUCCUUUGGUUUUGCCAUUCCUGGUGUAGCUGAAUUUGGUUUUAACCACAAUGAGGGAAAAUAUUCCAAGUCUGUCCAGAAGAUCCGCCGUGCUUCUGGGACGGUGAGAUUUUGUUGUUUUAGGUUUUUUUCCUGACCUUUAAAGGUACAGUGUGUGACAUCCAGCAAUCAGAUUCUUGAAUAAAAUGCUCCCUUGCUUACCCCUCAUAUCAGUGAAGCAACAUCUGCUUUUGAGUAAAUGAUAAGUAUGAGCUUCCAUGAGUCAAGUUUUGCCAUUAGAAAUAUUUAAUCAGUAUAAAAUUCUGCACAACUCCCUUUUCCUUUUGUGUUACUGUAGACACAUGUUUGUGCAAGACGGUGGCCUCAAAUUAAGAGGUCCCUUAUAUGUACAUGUAAAGAUCAUCCAAAGUCAACAAAAACAAAAUUGUUUUUAAUAUCAUAAACUAAUCUACUUUAGGCUACUUAAAACAUUAUACCCUACCUCUGCAAUGUCUGUACUACUAGUUGCUGCUUAAAAUCACACAUUGUACCUUUGCAACCAAUAAAAAAAUUUAGAAAUUCAACAAAUCACUCCAGUAAGUACGCUUUUUAAGCUCUCUGUCUAUUUCCACUCCUCAGACAAACAGCUUUGUGAGGGCCAAAGCAGAACUGGAGUUGGCCCAGUACAUGUUAAAGUCAGAGGGUCUGAUGCUUCACCCUGAGUUCUUGCAGCGCCUGCGCUCUUUACCUCAAUCCUAUGUUUACGGUGAAUACAGACAAAUCUACAGAGACUAUGGCACCCACUACAUCACAGAGGCAGCGCUGGGAGGCGACUAUGAGCACACCAUCAUCCUGAACAAGGAGAAGCUGGAGAAGUCAGGUAAAGGAUAUGAGCAGCUUAGGAACAAGAGGCAGGAGAGAUAAUUAAUUCAUUGUCAAGAGCAUGGAAAAAAGUAGUCUACAACUGUAACCAUCUACAGGAACCUGAGAGAAAAGGGGAACAAAGUUUUAUGGAAGAAACAGAUUUUGCAGCAUGCAUCACUAAGACAUGAAUACUUGAAGAAAGUGAAAGUUCCCACUUUAGUCUAAGCCUAUCGCACAUCAGGGGUGGUCAAAGUCAAGUCUGAUCCAAGACUUUGAACCAGAAACAGACAUGCAUACAACAAACACUAUGUUCAGUAUAAUGUUACUAAAGCAAUCAAAUUAACUUUAGUGCUAAUUUCUUGCGCUGUUUUUUCCAGAUUAUUCUCUGGAAGACUAUAAACGUUGUACACAGUCAGGUAUUAAGGUUGGAGCAAACAUCUACGGUGUUUAUGUCUCUGCGAAGUUUAGUGGUGGAUCCUGUAACGGGCUGCUGAAUGAGAUGGGAGGUACGGCUGCAUGUUUUGAAAACUUCUUGUUGAUUUUCACACAUGAACUGAUGCUGAAACUCUGAGGUCAUUGCUUCUCUCCUCAGAGGACACAGUGAACGGCAGCAUGGUGGAGGACUUUGUUGCCGUGGUUAGGGGUGGAAGUAGUGAAUCUAUCACUGCUUUGUUGUCCAAAAAACUUCCCACCCCACAGCUGAUGGGUCUCUGGGGUGAGGGUGUGCGUUUCAACCCUGACUUCAUUCGGAGAACGGUAUGAUUCCACAAACUUUCUGUCAUCCUCUCUCUCAUUUUGUUUUAAGACCCUUUUGUUGACACGCUUCUUGUCUUUUACAGUACACUUCUUAUUCUGUCCUUCCUUUCACCACCUUCUCUUGGAUUUGUAAUAAAACUACUUAUUAGAAAUCUGACCUAGAAAAUCGAUGCAAAAACAUUUUCAUGAGCGGGUCAAAGGUGCUACCCAGAUUAGCAGAAUUACAGAGGGGCAAAGUACAUUUAGACUGGUCGAUACCGAUUUGGAGGAAAAUCAGCAAAAAGAUGCAGAGCAGACCUGUGCCAGAUACAAACAAACUGCUUUGCUCUAAGUUGUACUUGAUUUCAUCAAGCAGUGGGUGAAUAACAAAGCAUGUGAAUGAUAGAAAGAGCCUGUUUCACACAUAAAGAUUUUUUACUACAGACUCGACCGUUGUAUGAGCUGGUGACCUCCAGAGACUUCUCCCAUCAUGACACCCUGAAAAGAAACCUGAAGAGAGCGCUGUCAGAGUACUUGGCAGAGGCGGAUGCAUGUCGGUGUGCUCCUUGCCACAACAAUGGAGUGGCUGUUUUGAGAGGUACCUCAGAGAAGACACUGUUUAGUUCACAUGAAGAUUUCUGAUGAUUUCAUUUACAUUGGAUAGUGUCUUAUCUUUGCAUCCCCUUAGCAAUCAACAGAGCAUUUCCUCUACCAGGUCAAGGAUUUUAGUCAACCACAAGCCAAAUUCUGUGAAAUGCACGAGAACUACACAGAAAGGAAGUUUGGUAGAGUUAGGGAUGACGAGUUUGCACCACUCUUUUACCCCUUUUUUCCUUUGUUGAAUACCCAUGAAAGAACAUACAUUUAUUUAUGAGGGGGAGUGUGCACUGCCAUGUUUGUCUAAAUUAUACUUUAAAUUCAAUAGUUCAUGUCUAUUUCUCUAAAGAUACCAACUCCUGAUUUUUUAAGAAAAGCUAACUCUGAGGAAGCUCACAGUGGCACUAAAAAUGUAAGUAAUGAUUAAAGUGGUAAAAAAACUAUUUUUGUCCCUCAACAGGUAACAGGUGUGACUGCAUAUGUCCCACUGGCUACAGAGGAAGUGGCUGUGAGAUCACUCAAAGACCAAAAGGUAAUUGUCCAGGAUCCAAGAAUUCUACAAAAAAGGGUUUAAUGAAAAAACAUCUUUGCUUUCACUAGUCUAGUUACUUAUAAAUGAUAUGAUUUUGUCCUCUCCUGACAGAAAUGGCCAUUGAUGGCAGCUGGAGCUGCUGGGGUGCUUGGUCAUCCUGCAGUGAAAGAACAAAGAGCAGGAGUCGACAGUGUAAUAACCCUGCACCCAGAAAUGGAGGUUUGACCUGCCGAGGACUGCAACAAGAGUCCACUGAAUGCUUUUAAAAUAGCCGCCCUGAGGUCAAGUGGAAAUAAAGAUUUAUUUUUUAAAAUGCUCCUUCAAAUGUUUCAGUCUGUGGUUUCUCUUUUUCCUGCCACACAUGAUAAAUCGUUCCAGUUCAGGUUUAACAAAAAUGUAAUGCAUUUUACAUUUUUUUUAAAGGUUGAUAAAAGGAUGUGUCAGUUUUUGAUGUCUUCUUGGUGUAACUGUGUGCUUACAUGUAGGAGGAACAGUACUUUCUUGGCUUGUCAGUUACCUACACAAGAGGAAUCAUUAUGUACACAUUAGCCGGAUUAAGUGAAAGGGUUGGGGCACUGUUUAUUUUGUGGAUUAGUAACAAAUAUAAAGUUUCCCAUUCAGUCAGUUCUAUUAAAGCUCUAGAUUUUCAAAAUCAAUAAUCAUUUUACACUGUGUACGGCUCCUUCAUAUACAAACAUGUGUUUGUUCCUGUGUGGGACACACAGAACAAACACAGACCCGAUCUUCAUCCUUCAUAAAAGAUCCUUAAUAGUCAAAAGUAAAACCACCUAUAAAAAGAACAAACAAACCCAGUCUUUGUCAAACUGAAAAUGCUAAAAUUGAGAGAUCUGUCCAACUUCACAACAAUCUUAAUAGAGUUAAAACAACAACAACAAACAACUAACUACCCAUUUCCAAAGGCUUUGCACGCAGAGGAAAAUUAAACACUUUUUGUGUGUGUGUCAAUUUUGACGUCCCCUGUAGACUUUACAGUUUUGUCUAUCAUGUCCUCUGCAUGUUUACACAGUAGUUUUAUGGUCAAAUCAAUCAGUUAUUGGAAAUGACUAAAAAAAAUGAAAUUUUCACAAUGAAGAAAAAGCAAUUUACAUGCAAUAGAAGUUAUCAAACAGAUUUUUUUUUCUCUGCUGACUCUGGAAACUACUCACUCUCUCUGGUGUUAGGUAUUGAAAAUAACAUUACAAUAUUCGGUCUUGUUUGGGGUCUUGUUUGGGGUCUUGUUUGCUUUUGUUCAUUCUAAGAAGACUUCAAAAUUAAUGUCUUUGUGUUUUAAAAAUCCCCUCAAAGGAGCUUUAAAAGAACAUAUUUAAAACAACAGUCCUGAGGACAGAUACAUGGUGUCUUGACAACACACCAAUGACGUGUGUCAUCUUAUUUUGUUGCUGCACCAUCGUCACCAACCAGAAAUUUUAGGUUAUAGACUUUAUAAUUAGUGUCUUGUAAAAAUUAUUCAUUUUGCUAGCCUUUAUGACUGAUUUUGUUACUUUGAGUUUUGUCAAGUUCAAAAUUAAUAAAUGAAAAUAAAAAAAAUAAAAAAAACAAGUUGAUUUGCGAUGCUUACUAAUCUUUAUUUGGCCUGUUUAAAUCAAGAGAAGGUUGCGAAAGAAAAGUCUUAAAUUUGACAGUUUGAAAAUUAAAAUGUCCAGACACAGUGGUACCUACAAAAACUCAGAGAGAUGUCUGAAGACAUGUAUUGUGUUUUUUGACGGAAAAAAAGUUUAACAUUUAGUGCAUCUUGAAAGAGAACAAAGAUUUUUAUUAUUCACAGGUGACAAAUGUUGAGUACACUGCCAUCCUUAACAAUGUUCGCUCUGAGAGGAGGAGCCCAGACAGGAUGCUCCACCUCCAUCAGGUGCAGGGUUGUUGCAAGUUCUGCUUCGAGUUUUCCUUCCUGACGCACAAGACGACCAGGCCCCCCAGCAUGACCAGGACCCAUCUGUCUUGGUAUCUGUUGAGUAAAAUGGAUUAUUGGUACGAUAAUAACAGAGAAUCAUGUCUGCACACUGUUACUACUCCAUUACGUCCUCUGCCCGGGGCUGAAAAUUUAACAGGCAGCUCAUCAGUCAGAAAAGGA